AUGACAGAUGAUGAGGAUGACAGGAUGAGUGCUGCCAUAUUCCUACCAGUACAACUAUCUACUGCUGAUAUGUGUUCAAGGCACUGCUACAAGUUUCUACCAGUACAACUAUCUACUGCUGAUAUGUGUUCAAGGCACUGCUACAAGUUUCUACCAGUACAACUAUCUACUGCUGAUAUGUGUUCAAAGCACUGCUGCAAGUUUCUACCAGUACAACUAACUACUGCUGAUAUGUGUUCAAGGCACUGCUACAAGUUCCUACCAGUACAACUAUCUACUGCUGAUAUGUGUUCAAAGCACUGCUGCAAGUUUCUACCAGUACAACUAUCUACUGCUGAUAUGUGUUCAAAGCACUGCUGCAAGUUUCUACCAGUACAACUAUCUACUGCUGAUAUGUGUUCAACUGCAAGUUUCUACCAGUACAACUAUCUAAUGCUGAUAUGCGUUCAAAGCACUGCUGCAAGUUCCUACCAGUACAACUAUCUACUGCUGAUAUGUGUUCAAAGCACUGUUGCAAGUUUCUACCAGUACAACUAUCUACUGCUGAUAUGUGUUCAAAGCACUGCUGCAAGUUUCUACCAGUACAACUAUCUACUGCUGAUAUGUGUUCAAAGCACUGCUGCAAGUUUCUACCAGUACAACUAACUACUGCUGAUAUGUGUUCAACUGCAAGUUUCUACCAGUACAACUAUCUAAUGCUGAUAUGCGUUUAAAGCACUGCUGCAAGUUCCUACCAAUACAACUAUCUACUGCUGAUAUGUGUUCAAAGCACUGCUGCAAGUUUCUACCAGUACAACUAUCUACUGCUGAUAUGUGUUCAAAGCACUGCUGCAAGUUCCUACCAGUACAACUAUCUACUGCCGAUAUGUGUUCAAGGCACUGCUGCAAGUUUCUACCAGUACAACUAUCUACUGCUGAAAUGUGUUCAAAGCACUGCUGCAAGUUUCUACCAUUACAACUAUCUAAUGCUGAAAUGUGUUCAAGGCACUGCUGCAAGUUCCUACCAGUACAACUAUCUACUGCUGAUAUGUGUUCAAAGCACUGCUGCAAGUUUCUACCAGUACAGCUAUCUACUGCUGAUAUGUGUUCAAAGCACUGCUGCAAGUUCCUACCAGUACAACUAACUACUGCUGAUUUGUGUUCAGAGCACUGCUGCAAGUUUCUACCAGUACAACUAUCUACUGCUGAUAUGUUUUUAAAGCACUGCUGCAAGUUUCUACCAGUACAACUAUCUACUGCUGAUAUGUGUUUAAAGCACUGCUACAAGUUUCUACCAGUACAACUAACUACUGCUGAUAUGUGUUCAAAGCACUGCUGCAAGUUUCUACCAGUACAACUAUCUACUGCUGAUAUGUGUUCAAAGCAAUGCUGCAAGUUCCUACCAGUACAACUAUCUACUGCUGAUAUGUGUUCAAAGCACUGCUGCAAGUUUCUACCAGUACAGCUAUCUACUGCUGAUAUGUGUUCAAAGCACUGCUGGAAGUUCCUACCAGUACAACUAACUACUGCUGAUAUGUGUUCAAAGCACUGCUGCAAGUUCCUACCAGUACAACUAACUACUGCUGAUAUGUGUUCAAAGCACUGCUGCAAGUUCCUACCAGUACAACUAACUACUGCUGAUAUUUGUUCAAAGCACUGCUGCAAGUUCCUACCAGUACAACUAACUACUGCUGAUAUGUGUUCAAAGCACUGCUGCAAGUUCCUACCAGUACAACUAUCUACUGCUGAUAUGUGUUCAAAGCACUGCUGCAAGUUUCUACCAGUACAACUAUCUACUGCUGAUAUGUGUUCAAGGCACUGCUGCGAGUUUCUACCAGUACAACUAUCUAAUGCUGAUAUGUGUUCAAAGCACUGCUGCAAGUUUCUACCAGUACAACUAUCUACUGCUGAUAUGUGUUCAAAGCACUGCUGCAAGUUUCUACCAGUACAACUAUCUACUGCUGAAAUGUGUUCAAAGCACUGCUGCAAGUUUCUACCAGUACAACUAUCUACUUCUGAUAUGUGUUUAAAGGGCUGACACGUUCCUGUGUUAUCAAGAUGUUACAUGUGUAGUGCUUAAAUUAAAAGUAUCUUAUUCUCUCUAAUGUAUGACAUGGCAAACAUGCUCCACAGCUGCAUUGUGGGUGGCACCACCUGUGUACUAUUGCUCUGGCUAGUAUGUGAAGCACAAACACUAUCUUUGCAUGAUGCAAAAAAAUUGCAUUUUGAAGGGUUGUUAAAGUCAGGUACAAGCUAGCUAAGUCAGAUAUCAUAGCUUUCUUAGUUAUAGUGAGUCUGUAAUAGCAGGCAGGAUUUUUCAAGAAUUCAGGGUAUGCUCACUUUUUACACAUUAUACUUAGAUGGUCACCUUUUUGACAUUUUAAUGAGGUUUUAUAUAUAUUUCAACUCACUUUUAAGAACUGUCUCUUCCAUUAAUUUUAUAUAAAAAAAAGUAAACUAGAAGUAUGUAUUAUUAAAUAUUUAUACAAAGGCAAUAAAACAGCACUGUUUUUUACUAGGCAGUAACAUGAGAUAAUUUCGUAUGGUUAUACUGGCGGGCUGGAAGAGUGUUUCCUGUGCUAAACAGCAAGCAGAUCAAUGAUGAAAUUUGUUGUCUGGUUAAUAAAAACAUCUCCAAAAUA